AUGUUCUCAACUCUUUCUUUCUUUCUCAUUUCAUCUGACAUUUUUCUUUCUCAUUUCCACACCUUUUUCUUUCAUUUUUUCAUUUCCUCCCCUUCUUUUUCUUUUUUAUUUCUCCCUUUUUUCAUUUCCUCCCUUUCUUUUUCUUUUUCAUAUCCAUCGUUUUUUUCAUUCUUUUUCAAUUACCCACCCUUUUUCUUUUUCAUUUCCUCUCUUUUUCUUUUCCUCCCCUUUUUCAUUCUUUUUCAAUUACCUACCCUUUUUCUUUUUCUUUUCCUCCCCUUUUUCAAUUUCCUCCCCUUUUUCCUUCUUUUUCAAUUUUCUCCCCUUUUUCUUUUUUUCAUUUCUUCCCCGUUUUUCUUUCUUUUUCAAUUUCUUCCCCGUUUUUCUUUCAUUUUCAUUUCCUCCCCUUUUUUCAGCUUCUGGUCUUUUUCUUUUUUCUCUUUCUUUCUUUACAUUUUUUCAACCUUUUACUCUUUCUCUCUUUUCUUUUACCAUAUUUUUUUGACAUUUUCCCUUCUUUCUUUUUUAUUCAUUCUCAUUUCACAUUUUUUUUUAGUUUCUUUCCUUUUUUUUCUUUUAAACCCAUCUUAUUCAUUUUAUUCUUUUUCUUUAUUAAUUUUAUGCAUGUCAAUUCAAUUCAUGUAUAAUCCUCUCCCUGUUCUGGCUGUCAAGGCAUACAAAUAUGUGAGAGAAAUUAUAUUUUAG